AUGGCUGACAUGGGCCUUGGUUCGGAUACCGGUGGUUCAUCGAGAAAUCCUGCUGCUUUCAAUGGAUUAUUCGGUCUCAAACCAAGCUAUGGAGUACUUUCUCGUCAUGGCCUUGUUCCACUGGUGAACUCCAUGGAUGCUCCAUCCAUCAUUUGCAAAACUGCCGAACAGUGCUGGACAUUUCUUGAAAGGAUGACUGGCACUGACCAGCAUGACUCUACUAGCGUUGAGUUGCCCUUGAAGAGUCGGAUAUCCAACGUUAAAGGCUUACGGAUCGGAAUACCAAAGGAGUAUUAUAAUGAGUUCCUAUCGGAUGAGGCAUGGGAAGUUUGGAACCAUGCAGCCAAUGUGUUGCAACAGCAAGGUGCUACUAUAGAAGAAGUUUCCUUGCCCCACACAAAAUACUCUUUGCUGUGCUAUCAAGUCCUUUCUGCAGCAGAUAUAGUUUCUAACAUGGCUCGCUACGUUGGUAUUGGCUUUGGCCAUCGCUCUGACAAUGAAACGUCGACUUUCAAUUUAUAUGCGUCUACGCGAACUGAAGCGCUGAAUAGUGUCGUCAAAGCAAGAAUCAUGGCUGGAAACUACUUCCUUAUGCGAGAGCAUCGAAAGGAAUUCUACGAUCACGCACUGAAAGUUCGCAAAGUUAUUGCGUCAGAGAUGUACGAUGUUUUGAAAAGGGUAGAUUUGCUGUUAACGCCUACCGCGACGGGAGCUGCUCCUCGUUUCUCGGAUCACUACAAAGGUUUCUACAAGAGGGAGGAUCACGAUGAUUUUUACACACAACCUGCUAAUCUUGCUGGACUGCCCGCUAUCUCGGUUCCAUGUGGAUCCAGUGCGGACAACCUUCCGAUUGGAGUUCAACUGAUAGGCGAUCUUUUGCAAGAUAGACUUGUAUGCGAUGUUGCUCAGAUAUUGUAUGACGCAGUGAAAGAGACUGAGAAGAACAUGCAAUAG